UCGCACGCACACGAUUUCCACUCCCUAAAGUAUCUUCUUCUUUGUUAGAUUACACCGUUAGAGUUUUUCAUUUUCGCCAUCACCAUGAUUACCGCUGUUCUCCGAAGAGCUUCAUCAACACUCUCAAAGCGCGCUCUCCCCACCGCCGUGGCUAUCAUUUUCUCCACCGCCUCCGCUUAGCUCCGAAAACUCUCCGUCCUCACACUCAGGUCCUUCCACUCCAAAUCACAACCCUUGCUAUUUCGCACCUCUUGGGCUUCUCGUGCUGGUUACGCCGCCAAAACUUUUCCAUUCGAAGAACAACCAUCUAAAGCGACGAUGAUGUUCAUGAGAUCGCAAAGCUUGGGAUUUCUCAGGAGGUUGUUUCUGCUUUGGUAAAGAAAGGAAUCGCAAAUCUAUUCCCCAUUCAGGUUUAGGAUUUUGGAAUCAAUUGUUUGUGAAAAUAUGAUAUUUGAUUAAUAAUUCUUAAAUUCUGUUAAAAGGUUAUUGUUUCUAUUUUUGAUUUUCUUAUUUUCAGUUUGAUCUUUUUGUUUUCUAUAUCUAUUAUCGAGCUCGGUUGGAUGGUGAGUUAAUUCAAUUGGUAGGGUUUUUACUGAUUUUAAGUUAGGUUGAUUAUAAACUUAGGUGAUUUUUGUGAACAAGGUGUUUGUUGAAAUGCCACAAUGAGUUUACUUAUGUUGAUUUUGAGUAUAACUUGUUUAUAAUUGUCAUAACAUGUUGCAAAUAGAUAUUGUUUGUUGAGAAUGCCUGGUUUGUUACUACAAAGAAAAUUACGGUUAUAUUUUGAGCAUGAUAACUAUGAUGAGUGAUCAUAGGUCUCUUGGCGGGUUUUAACAUUUGACGGAAUCAUGAUUUAUAUGGAGUAACAUCGUUGACUUCAAUUUGGUAAGAAGGACUGGAACUUUGAUGUUGAUCCCUGCAGCAACAAACCUAAUUGGGUUACGCCUCCUAUACCCAUAUUUAUGAGAACAAUGUCACCUGUGAUUGCUUUGUUGCCGGUGAUAACUUCUGCCAUGUUAUUUGGAUGUAAGUCCCUUUGCUAUCACCACUUCUAAUCCAUUUCGUUUUCAAUCUUUAAUUCUCAUGUUGAAAUAUACACAGUUGAGUUUAUAUUUUAUAUUCUAGAUGAUGGAAGGGUGUAACUGUACCUGUUAGAGUUGUACUAGUUGUUCCAAGUGAAAAUGCAGCAUUUCUUACUUUGUCCAACAAUAUGUGUAGCUUCCUGUUAAUAUGGAGAGAUUGCAUUCUAGUAUUCACCACUGUCCAUGAUUUUCUCUUUUAUUCUUCUUAGUAUCAUGUGUCUUUGGAACAAAUCAAAUGCCUUUUGUUGUGGAUGAUAUUUUAGCUUUUUAUUUUAAUUGAUUUAUGGAUAUCUUUUGGUUGACAUUUUUUUAGAUAUGUUAAGUUAUGGUUUCCUGUCAUGAAUGAUUAAGAGAAAUGGUAUAUAAGUAGAGAGGCAAAAAAUAAUAUAGUUUACUGCAUGUUUUUUUAGGAUAGAUGAUUUAAUUUCAUUGACAUGUUCAUUUUAUUAAUUGUUAUUGUUUUUGUUUUUUUGUUAAAUUAAUUGUUUUGGUUUAAGUUUAUUAACAUGUUUUCUUUGGUUUUUGAUGUAGUUUACUGCAUGUUUAUUUUAUUAAUUGUUAUUAACAUGAGCCCAUUUUUCUCUUAUUUUCACUUCAUAUUUCAUUUUUCAUUUAUUUAUUUUAGUUACUUUAUUUUAUUUAAAAUAUUUUAUUGUGGUGAUCUGUAGGUUAGAGAUGUUUUCCUUCCCUAGUAUAAUUCAUAUAGGUUCCUUGUUUGAAAUUCCAAGAGGCAUCAAAUGUUCUUAACUAAAUUGUUUACCCAAACACUCCAUUGGUACUAUACUGGGAAAAGGUCUGGUUGUUGUUUUUGUUGCACAUUGUAGUCUUUGGAAGUCUUGUAUAUCAUCAUAUCAGGGAGGGUCAUAUGGAGAAAAUGCCAACUUGUACUUCUAAUUUCAAUGUUCUGUUUAGAUUGAUUUUGUUAUGGAGAUACUCUCAAAACUUGUGACCAAACAUGUAUGCGUACUUAAUCUUGAAUUCAGGUCAUUCCGGUUAGGACUACCGGCAGCUGAUGUUUUACAUUAUACUGAGUGCAGGUGUGGCGUAUGCCAAAACUUUGGGUUGGUUUCUUUGUGGUUGCGUAGUUUUUUAUCUGAAGCGAUUGUUGGAAUCUUAUUGAUAGAAGCUAUAAAGCAGCCACUGAACUUGUUCCUCUGAGCUUAUUUGAAGGAAAUAGGGUCAAUUAAUGUUUUAUUUAAUGCUUAGUUUCUCCUGCCAUUGCUGUAUGCAGGCCACACCUAUCAAAAAUGAUUUUAGAUAGAACUGGUUUCUGCAUCAAGAUAUCUUCAAAAGCUGAGUCUCUUAUUUGGUGGAUCGAGGUGAUUUUGACUCCUACUCAUUUAGCAAUAGAAGAAAGUCUAAACUCAAUUACCUCACAAUCAACUAAGCCAUGGCUCUCAUCCUGCAUACUGGUGAAGGAAACAAAAAUGUUUACAAGGCACUCAUUGCUGCCGAGUAUGCUUCUGUCCAAGUCCAGUACACCCCUAACUUUGAAUUUGGUGUCUCUAAUAAAACACCUCAAUUCCUCAAAAUGAAUCCUCUCGGCAAGGUUCCCGUUUUGGAAACCCCUCACGGCCCUGUCUUUGAGAGCAACGCUAUUGCUCGUUAUGUUGCUCGAUCCAAGGAUGACAACACUCUAUAUGGAUCUUCUCUCAUCGAAUAUGCUCAGGUUGAACAAUGGAUUGAUUUCUCAUCAUUGGAGAUUGAUUCCAACAUUCUUAGGUGGUACUACCCUAGAUUGGGAUAUGGGCCAUACCUUCCUCCGAAUGAAGGCCGAGGAGAGUGCAAUUACUGGACUCAAGAGAGCUUGACUGCCACUCACCUUGCCUCCAACACUUACCUGGUUGGCCAUUCUGUCACCCUCGCCGACAUCAUUAUGAUAAGCAAUUUGUAUUUUGGUUUCACUAGUAAGAUGGUACUGGAUGAAUGGAAAAGGCUUUACUCAAACACUAAAUCCAACUUCAGGGAGGUUGCAAUAAAAGGAUUUUGGGAUAUGUAUGAUCCUGAAGGAUACUCUCUCUAGUUCUGUGACUACAAAUACCAAGAUGAGAACACUGUUUCCUUCGUGACUUUGAACAAGGUUGGUGGAUUUCUUCAGCGGAUGGAUUUGGCCCGCAAGGUUGUUGCUGUGUACUAUGACAGUUGUAGCUAUUCAUGAUUCCUUGAUCUGUGUGGUGUUGGUGUAGAUUAAGAAUCCAUGUUGUACUGUUUUGGUAGGAUCUGUGUGGGCAGUAAUGUAUGAUUUCUUAACUAAAGCGAACCCUGUUUUCAGGUAUAUAGUUGAAUUGAAUCUCCAUUUGUAUUUAUUUAAGUCUAGUUUUAUAUUUCAAUCGCUAAUUAUAUGAUAUCAAUUGUCCUCGAUUAGUUUGUGAUGAGCUGUGAUAAUUAACUAAUCUUUUUAGUUUCAAUGCAUACAAAUAUAUA